AUGAUCGUGAAGGACAUCCUGGAGCUUGUGGAGCACCUGCGCAGCAUUGCGGGCACCAUUCUGGUGUUCAAGGUGCUGCCUAGGUGCUGGGUGGACCGGGAGGCCGAGGGUCGUCGACUCCUGCUGAACCGCCUGCUGGCGAAAAACGUGCGGCGGAUGGCGGACGUUGUCCUUAUCAACCCGGAUCCCUUCUUCCUCAACCGAGAAAAGGCCCCAAGGAGGGAAUACUUCGCGGUGGAUGGCUACCACGUCCAUCGUAUCCUGGGAGUCCGGAAGAUGAGCGAGCUCAUCAAGCUUCAGAUCAAGAGGGCACUCGGAGCACAGUGGGUUUGUUCCAGACGCCGCCUGGAGGUGCCACGAAUCCAUUCGUGCAGCCACUGCAGGGCAAGAGGCCACAAGUUGUGGUCGUGCCUGAAUAUCAUCCACCACCGAUAA